UAACUAUUACUAACCAACAUUAUCAACCUCAUUACAACAUCUCCAUUUUAAUUCCUCCAUUUUGUACCUUUUGGUUUCAAGAAACUGUUAACUGAAAUCUCAAAACUAAAGAAAGAAAAAAAAAAACAUGUCAAUAUUUGAGCUGCGUGAUUCAAGUACUUCAAGAAUUGAGGAAGUUGCAAUCAAGGUUGAAGGAGAAGAUUCUGAGGAAAAUAUGGAAGCCCAAAAUGGCAAGAAUUGGAGAAAACCAAAUCUAUUCUUGGAGAUACCAUCAAGAUCGAUACAACCUUCUUCUUCACAGGAAUUUGUUCUAAUUAAAAUGCCUCAAACACCAACUCCUACACCUAAAAAAGUGAACUUUAACUUAACACCAACCUCUUCGGAAGCUCGGCCACUGGCAUCACCCUCUACUCACACCACACAAACCAAAUCGUUGAAGAAAAGUCUUUUAACAAAAUUGAGUUUCAAGAACAGGAAUACUGUUUCUGAUACGCAGAAGGCUGUUGUUAGCACAAAUCCAGCAACCCCAUCUUCUUUGCCUCAAGAAAAGCCUUAUUUCUCGAGGUCAUGGUCGUUCACAAAGAUAUUUACCCCUCGUGCGAAGAGAAUGGGUUCUCUGCCUGCUACCCCUGCUGGUCAUUCGGGCCCUAUAUUAGGAAGUUCAAGGGGUUCUUUAAAUUCGGAGGCUAAAGUCCAGGGACAAAUGGUUCGAUCACUUUCAGUGCCUAACCUCAAUAAAGAAGCAAGUAUCAAGAGAAUGGAUUCAUUUUUCCGUGUGAUUCCAUCAACUCCACGAGUAAAGGAAGCUGAUGCCCCCACACCAACUCCUACUCCGACUAGUAAUGCUGAUGAAGCUGAUGGUGAAGAUAUACCUGAGGAAGAGGCGGUUUGUAGAAUAUGUUUUGUUGAAUUAUGUGAAGGUGGGGAGACCUUAAAAAUGGAAUGCAGUUGCAAAGGUGAACUUGCUUUAGCACAUCAAGAAUGCGCCAUAAAAUGGUUUAGCAUAAAAGGUAACAGAACAUGCGACGUUUGCCAUCAAGACGUCCAAAACCUACCUGUUACACUUUUAAGAAUACAAAGUAGUACUAGACACCGAAAUUCUGCUGCAAGUAGAGCCACUCACAUGGAAAUUGAUGGAUACGGUGAUAUCUAUAGGGUGUGGCAGGAAGUGCCGAUUUUGGUCAUUGUUAGCAUGCUUGCAUACUUCUGUUUCCUUGAGCAGCUUCUGGUAAGGAAGAUGGGAACAGGUGCAAUCGCGCUCUCUCUUCCAUUUUCUUGUGUCUUGGGUCUUCUUUCAUCCAUGACAGCUUCCACAAUGGUGAAGAGACAAUUUGUUUGGUUAUAUGCAUCAGUCCAGUUCUCAUUUGUAGUACUCUUUGCACAUAUUUUCUACAAUGUGAUUCAUAUCACACCAGUUUUAUCAAUUCUUCUCGCCACGUUUGCUGGCUGUGGGCUAGCAAUGUGUGGCAGCUCGAUUAUUGUAGAGGUCUUAAGAAUAAGAAGACGAUGGCUGGAUAGAUCAAGUCAACAAGCCAAUUCUCGGGCUGUUAUACAUUCAGAACCAGAAGUGGUGUCAUCCUCUCGUGCUGAUCCUCCACACCAAACUGAAAAUAGAAACAUAGAAGCCUCUAGUGGAAUUUAAUUUGAAUGGCCCAUUUUGAUUACUUAAUUACUAAUUAGUGUGUUUUAGGUGUAACAUAGAGUAUGGCAAUGUCAAAUUUCAGUUUGUAUAUUGAAGCAAAAUGUUAGAAAAUUUAUAAUUUAUUGUAGAUCCUGAACUAAUUUGCUGUUGGUGGCUUAAUAUAUGUAUUUUGUACUG